UUCCAUUUGUUUUUGUGUUUUUUCUUCAAAAGAACUGCUUUUAUAGCUUGAAUUUACGGCAGUGAUAAUGACAAUAUCAACGGGUGUACCUUUUAGAACCGGUGGAAGUAGAAUUUAUCAAUACAUAGCAGCUGUCGCAGUCAAUCUGAGUAUAAUAUGCAGCGAAAUGCACUACGGAUGGUCAUCACCAUUUGGUCCAGUGUUGGCCAACGGCAAAUACAAAUUUACAAUAACCAACAACGAAUCAUCGUGGCUAACCGUAAUCCCACUCACUGGAGCCAUUUUUGGAGCCUUUGUAACUGGUUUAGUAGUGGAUAUUUUUGGUAGAAAGAGGAUGAUUAUAUUCUCUUUCCUUCCCUUCGUUGCUUCUUGGUUGUUAAUUGGCUUUGCGGAGUCAUCCACUUUGAUGUUUGUUGGGAGGUUUCUGGCAGGAACAACGGACGGGUUGUCUUUUACAGCGGUACCCAUGUAUCUCGGAGAGAUAGCCGACCCACAGAUAAGAGGACUACUGGUAUCGACAUGCCCAGUCUGUAUUGUCUUUGGUAUUCUCUUAAUAAAUAUCCUCGGGGCCUGUUUACCACUCGACACCACAGCAUUCAUAUCAACCAUAUUACCUCUUCUAUUACUGAUCAUAUUUCCGUGGAUGCCAGAGAGUCCGUAUUUUUAUUUAAUGAAGGGGAACGAAGAAGAGGCAAGGGAGAGUCUUCGGAUCUUCAGAGGCGUUGAGGAUGUCACAGUGGAGCUGAAUAGGAUAUCUAGCGCUGUCAAGGAGCAACAAGAGAAGAAAGGGUCGUUUCUUGACUUGUUUAGGGUGGAGAGUAACAGGAAAGGGAUGUUCAUCACUUUAGGAUUGCGAAGUUUUCAGCAACUUACCGGUUCCAUGGUCAUCAUAUUCUACUGCAAAACCAUUUUCGAAGAAGCAAGAGGAUUCUCGCCGAGCCUUUCCACCAUAAUUUACUUCAGCGUUCAGCUGGUUCUGUCCAUUGCUUCCUCCUUCGUAGUGGACUUCUUCGGAAGGAAACCGCUUCUUAUUGUUUCGAUAAUAGGUUCGGCGUUGUCGUUAUUAGCGAUUGCGAUUUACUUGUACUUACAAGAAAUCGGGAUCGAUACGACUGAGUACAAUUUUGCGCCUUUAGUAGCUCUUAUCUGUUUCGUUGUUACUUUUAGUAUCGGACUGCAUACUAUCCCACUCUUGAUCAUGGGAGAAAUAUUCCCAACCGACGUCAAAGCUUUGGCUUUAUGCGUUAUGGAUAUCUAUUUUAGCGUCCUCGUUAUUUGUAUUUCGAUGUUUUUCCACUGGUCAAAAUGCAUUGGAAUGUACGUACCAUUUCUUACAUUUACAGGGUGUUGUAUUUUAGGACUACUUUUUAUUUUAUUCUAUGUUCCUGAAACCAAGAGAAAGACUUUAGAGGAUAUACAAGCCGAACUCCAAGGCGAGGGAAUAGUUGGGCAUAAGAUAGUAGUUAACGAAGCUGAUUUGUAUGAACUAAACUGAGAUGGUAUUUUGAUAUUUAAAUAAACCAAGGAAAAUGUUUAAAGGUUAUCUCUCAACAAAUGGGUGUUUACCUUUAUUUAUAGGUAAUUUGUUUUAUUUAGGUUGUUAAGGUGCAAA